AUGUACGAUGAUACUAAUGAUGAAACUUAUGGUGAAGAUUUCAUCAUUAACUACAACAUCAUAUCAAUGUUGCCUGCAGAAUAUGAUAUGGUAUCGGAAGUCUCCGAAGCAAAGGAGGACUUCAUGCCAGACGAAACUGUUGGAGUGAAAAAUGAUGUUCCCAAGACGACAUUUCGAUGUCCUGGAGCUUUGGGAACAUACAAAUGGAUUGUGAUACCAUUUGGUUUAAACAACGCCGGAGCAACCUAUCAAAGAGCCAUGAAUGCCAUAUUCCAUGAUUUCAUUGAAAAUUUAUGCAGGAGACUUUUUAGGUUUCCUAGUACACAAGAAAGGCAUCGAGAUCAACCAAAACAAAACAAAACCAAUUUUGGAUCUCAAGCCUCCAUCGACAAAGCAACAACUUCAGUCUUUGUUGGGGAAGAUAAACUUCUUGAGAAGAUUUAUAUCAAAUCUAAGUGGCAAGACGAAGGUGUUUUCGCCACUACUCAAGAUCAAAAAGGAAAGUGA